ACAAACCGGCGGUAUGGACAAGAAAGAGGAAAUAUUUACAGCCCAAGGGGAAACGUCUGCUUCCUCGGAGGAGUUGGAGCAGGGGAAGCCCCUUAUGCUACUGACAAGAAGGUUUCGCCGUCUGCUGCCUGUGGGCUUUGUGACUGAAGUGAAAGAGCAGUGUGUGCUGGCUGGGCCUGUGUUCCUGUCUCAGAUAAUGGUAUUCCUUGUGAAUAUCGUGAGUUCCAUAUUCUGUGGACACUUGGGCAAGAUCGAAUUAGACUCUGUUACACUCGCUGUGGCUGUUAUAAAUGUCACUGGUAUAUCUAUUGGUUCGGGCCUGUCCUCUACAUGUGAUACACUCAUAUCUCAGACAUACGGAAGUAAGAAUCUGAAGCGUGUUGGAACUAUCCUUCAGAGAGGGAUUCUCAUCUUGUUGCUUUUCUGCUUCCCCUGUUGGGCAGUCUUCAUCAACACUGAGCAGGUGCUGCUGCUUUUCAAGCAGAAUCCAGAAGUUGCCAGGGUAACACAACUAUAUGUGAUGAUUUUUAUCCCUGCACUGCCUGCAGUAUUCCUUUACCAGCUGCAGACAAGAUAUUUACUAAAUCAGGGUAUAAUUUGGCCCCAGGUUUUUACUGGGGCAGCUGUAAAUAUUAUUAAUGCUGCUGUUAAUGCAUUCUUACUGUAUGGCCUGAAGUUGGGAGUAGAGGGUUCUGCCUGGGCAAACACUAUUUCUCAGUUCACAAUGUCUACUCUGCUCUUUGCAUACAUUUGGUGGAAAAAGCUAUAUGUUGAAACAUGGGGAGGCUGGACCAUGGAUUGCUUGCAGGAAUGGGGAUCUUUCAUACAUUUGGCUAUUCCUAGUAUGUUAAUGGUGUGUAUAGAAUGGUGGAGCUUUGAAAUUGGAGGAUUCUUAGCAGGUCUCAUUAGUGUGGUGCAGCUUGGCGCACAGGCCAUUAUGUUGGAGCUGGCUACAGCUGCUUAUAUGAUUCCUGUUGGUUUCAGUGUGGCUGCCAGUGUCCGAGUAGGAAAUGCUUUAGGUGCUGGAGAUAUCCAACAAGCCAAACGCUCAAGCAAUGUCUCUCUUAUCUGCACAGUGUUUGUUGCUCUACUAGCUGGAGUCUCUUUGGCUGGACUGAAAGAUGUGAUUGCUUAUAUCUUUACAUCUGACAGAGAGAUCAUUGUCCUGGUUGCACAACUUAUGCUUAUCUUUGCUCCCUUUCAUAUGUUCGAUGCCUUAGCUUGCACUUGUGGUGGAAUAUUAAGAGGAGCAGGAAAACAAAAGAUUGGAGCCAUUAUGAAUGCUAUAGGAUACUACGUCAUUGGUUUCCCCAUAGGAAUAUCACUGAUGUUUGCAGUCAAACUUGGUGUAUUAGGGCUGUGGUCUGGGAUGAUUAUCUGUGUUUUCCUGCAAGCUUCCUUCUUUUUCUUUUUUGUUUGGAAGAUGGAUUGGAAUAAAGCAUGUGAAGAGGCACGAAUACGUGCAGGAGUGAAAUCACCGAAAGAGAAGGUUGAUUGUGGUUCCUUAACUGGUUUUGCUGUUCUUGAAAAUGGGAAUAUCCUAGACACUGACAUGGAACAUUCUGGUGUGGAUCAAGAAUUACCAGAUGGAGUUAUAUUACCCGAUGCUACUUCUAGUGAGAGCCAUACGGAUCUGCUUGUGUUGCAAGAAGAAUCACUUCCUGAAGUUACUGUAGUGGGAGAAGUCCUCUCCGUGAAACAGUUGAUUUUUUGGCGCGGCCUGGCUGUUUGUUCAGCUGUAGUAGCUUUGAUUACUGGAAUAUUAAUUAAGCUUUUGACUGGUAAAGGAUAAACGUAUAUUCAGUCUUAACAGAAGCAAAGUAAAACCUUCUUCAAGAAACCAUGAUAAAUGGUGUCUCCUAAACAAAGCGUGCUUUGGUGAUCGCAUUCCAGUUGCUUCUGAUAUAUCUGCAGGAGUGUUUGCGGAAGGAAUCCGCUACCAGCAAAUACAUUUCAUGAAUGUGCUCUCCCCUCAAGAAAAUAUUUUUAUUUAUGUUGACUGAGGUCAUAUAAACAAACCAAAUUAUUUGUAUAUGUUUAUAGCCUUCUUAUACUGUUUGUAAACAUUUUGUUGAAAAAUUACUGUCCAAUUUUUACAUAUUUUCCUGGAAAAAGGUUCUUUUCAUUCUUCCUAAACGGUGACUUAUGCCAAAUACUUAAACAUAUAGGGAAAUACUUUUAAGAAGGUAAAAUUAUAAAUAUAAAAAGUGCAAUAUUGCAUAAUGUUAAGCACUCUGUUUCUAAUGGAAAUAUCUAAGCCAAAAAACUGCUUGUUAAGGCUACAAUAUGUAUUUAGGCACAAUGAGCUUUAAGAAAAACAUUUAUAACAUCUAUUUAAAAAGAAUACAGAUUUAAAAUAAAAAAUAGGUAACACACUUUUUAAAGAAUGUUCAAAAAAACGUCCUAGUUAGUUGUAGCUUGAUUCUGUUUUAAGUUACAUUUUAAUCUGUUGCAGCUCCCUACUACUUUAGUGAAAGAGAGUAAUGGUAUACCGGAGUAAAUUGUAUUUUUUUCUUGUAUUCUCAUGUCUAAGUAAUUACAAAAAAAGCAUAAGUCA